CAGUGUCAAGCGUGGUAUCCGCUGUCAAUAGCCCCGACUUGCCGUCGCAUCUACCACGUGAACGGUAGGAUGGCAAACUUGGAUGGCGUAAUUCUCCAAUGGCAGAGGCAUGGGGAACCAUCUUGUUGCCGCCCAGUGACGAUAUCGCCAAUUCUACUUGCGCUGUCUGCAGAGGCUGGAAGAGUUGGAACCGAGGAACCAAUUGUGUGGACCCUCAAGCAAAAGAGCGUGCAGGCGGCCCCACGAAGCCAAGUCCCCACGCCGACGUGCCCCCUUUUGUUUGGAAUGGAGCCCCAAAAGAAAAAGGGGUCCCUUUAGCAGAAAGCUUGGCAGGUCUUGUUUCGAGUUCAUGGAAUGUUUGCUUUUUCUUUCUGAUCUCAUUGAUCUGCAGACUUCACCCAAAUCCGCCUUGCUGCUCAGCUGCUCAGCCGCUCAAACAGCCUGUCUUUUGCAUGCCAACAUGGCAGCAUCCUCGUUUCACCGCGCGAAUCUUCCAGCCCUCACAGCCACUCGGUAAGCAGCCGGCCCAGCAACCCCGCCGAUCACCAGUCAGACGUUGGUCCUAUCCUCUUUGGUUCCACCAGACCGUCGAAGCUGAAACACAAGACUCGGGUGUCUUGGCCGGCCACGUUUUCCCUGGGGCGGUAGAGGAGGAUAUGUGCAUGAACUCGUCUAAGCAUCUGGGAAGGCCUCCCAUAACCUGCCAAAUACCAAGCCAGCAGACAGACUGAUGAGAACGACCUCUCGCCGCCAGAUAACGGUUGUGUUUCUCUCGGAUGCCCUCUUCUCGGUUUUGUCCGGCUCCACCACCAGGUCCAGUGCGUUGUGUUCGUGGUCC